AUGAAAGCCGCAGAGAAAGGUUCAAAGGGCGGCGAGAUAAGCAUGUCGGAGAAGCAAUCUGCAAAUGGAGGUGAAGUUAUAGUGGAAGUCCAAAAUGCUGGGACUUAUGAAACUAGAGGGUCUCCUUCAAACAAGCAAAGCAAAGUGGACUUAAGACUCCCCACUGAGUCCAGUAGUAAGCCAGUUUCGAGUGCGUUUCCUUCACCGGAUGUUUUAAGAGCUAGUCCCAACCCCGGUAAGCCUCCUAGGAUCCCCGCCCGCAAUGAGAGCAUCAAUAGGAGAAAGUCAUUUAAUAGGUCAGUUAGUAAACCCAAGUCAAGGUUUGGUGAACCAUCGCCUGUUGUGAAUGAAGAUAGUUCAGAUCAGGUUGGUUCGCCUUAUAGGGGGGCUUCAUUCAGUAGGGCUUCCCCAAAUAACAUAUCAGGAGCUAGGGCCAUAUCCAUUACUUCUAAUAGGACUGUACCGCCGUCCCCAGGCAGGACCAAAGAUAAGGAGGAUGAAGAGAUUUACAAGAAGGUUAAGUUGAGUAGAGAUAAGCAUGGGAAAAUGAAAAAGACAGUCUUGACUGAGUUGGUUGUUUUCCUGUGCAUUUUGGGUUGUUUAGUAGCUAGCUUGACUGUGAAGAGACUAGAGCAUUAUAUGGUUUGGGGAUUGGAGAUUUGGAAAUGGUGUGUGCUUGUCAUGGUGAUAUUCAGUGGCAUGUUGGUUACGAAUUGGGUUAUGCAUUUGAUAGUUUUUUUGAUUGAGUGCAACUUUUUGCUUCGGAAGAAGGUGUUGUAUUUUGUUCAUGGAAUGAAGAAGAGUGUUCAGGUUUUCUUGUGGCUGUCUCUGGUUCUUCUCACUUGGCUGCUGUUGUUCAACCGUGGGGUUGAGAGGUCAGAGACUUCCACCAAGAUUUUAAAAUAUGUUACAUGGACUAUUGUUUCGGUUCUCAUUGGGGCGUUCUUAUGGAUGUUAAAAACAUUGUUGCUUAAGAUCUUAGCAUCUAGUUUCCAUGUGAACACCUUCUUUGAUAGAAUUCAAGAAUCAAUCUUCCAUCAGUAUGUUCUUCAGACACUUUCAGGGCAUCCGCUUAUGGAGGAGGCUGAUGGGAAUGGUGGCAAAUCACCGAGCACUAGCAAAUUGAGCUUCAGAGCAACCAAGAAGGCAAAAGAAGGGAAGGAAAAACAGGUCAUUGACAUGACAAAGCUUCAAAAGAUAAAGCAAGAGAAGGUUUCUUCUUGGACCAUGAAGGUUUUGGUGGAUGCAGUAACUAGUUCAGGGUUGUCCACGAUCUCCCAUACAUUGGAUGAGAUGGAAGGUCUGAAUGAACAGAGAGAUAAGGAAAUUACCAGUGAGAUGGAAGCAACUGCUGCUGCCUAUGACAUAUUCCUUAACGUCGCUCCGCUCGGUGCCAAGUACAUUGAGGAGUGGGAUCUAUUGAGGUUCAUGAUCGAGGAAGAGGUGGAGCUUGUGUGGCCACUAAUUGAUGUGGCAAAGACCGGACAAGUUGAUAGAAAAACUCUAACAGAGUGGGUGUUGAAGGUCUACAAUGGUCGCAAAGCAUUAGCUCAUUCAUUAACGGACACCAAAACAGCCGUGAAGCAAUUGGACAAACUUGUGACUACUGUCCUGGUUAUUAUUACCAUUGUAGUAUGGCUUCUGUUGAUGGAAAUUGCAACUACAAAAGUACUUGUCUUACUCUCAUCACAGCUUGUAGUGGCAGCUUUUAUAUUUGGAAACACUUGCAAGACUAUAUUUGAAGCUAUUAUCUUCGUAUUUGUGAUGCAUCCAUUUGAUGUUGGGGACCGCUGUGUUGUCGAUGGCGUUCAGUUAAUGGUUGAGGAGAUGAACAUCUUAACCACAGUCUUCCUGAAGCUCAAUCAAGAAAAGGUAUAUUAUCCCAAUUCAGUUUUAUCCACGAAACCCAUCAGCAAUUAUUACAGAAGUUCAAAUAUGGGCGACAGUGUGGAGUUCUCAAUUGCUUUCACUACACCGGUGAAAAAGAUAGGCGAGCUGAGAGGCAAAGUAAAGGAGUAUGUGGAGGGGAAUCUGACUCUUUGGCAUCCAAACCACCAAAUUGUGGUGCUUGAGAUCGAAAAUGUAAAUAAGUUAAAGAUGGCACUCUUUUUUAGUCACACGAUGAACUUUCAAGAAUGGGGAGAAAAGCAAAGGCGGAGAAGUGAAAUGGUCAUGGCAUUGAAGAAAUGUUUGGAGGACCUGCACAUUACAUACUAUCUGCUGCCCCUAGAAGUUCGUCUCACUGAAACUAAAUGAGAUGCAACUGUCACCAACAAAUGAUCUUUCAUAGGGUAAAAGGAAGACCUGCUGUUGAGCUUUUCAAUUUACUUUCACUUUC